AUGCAACGCUCAAUAGACAGGCCGUUGGGGCGUGGUGGUAAUGAGGCGAGAGAUAAGCGUCCGCGAAAGCACAUCUCCUUUGCCCGUGAUGGUGUCAAAGUUUGCUUUGUCAAGCCGCCUCCUCGCUCUAUGAAUCACUGCUACUGGUUUACGGAGACGGAGUUAGUUGCAAAGAAGGGGCUGUUUUUUGAGGUUGAGCCUGACAUUGAUGUCUCCGUGGACGUCAUGUGUCGUAUGCAGCUAACGAGUGUGGCGUCGCAGCCGUGGAAAUAUCCCCGUUUAUUCUCAAAGGGUGGUGGUGCCGGGGAGAAACGGCCCAAAGGCAGGAGUAGCGAGAGGGUUUUCCUGGAGAUUAAGGCAACUCCCUCACUUGGGUCUAUCGGUGUGUCUCGGCGUGCCUCGCGGUGGUUAACUGUGGCCUCCGUGGAGGAGGGACAGCUCGAAAAAGUGCGUGUCAUUCUGCCCGCCGGUAGUUACGCACUGCGUUGCGUAGGACCGAGGCCAGUGCAGGUCUUUGCGCAGGUCUGGGACGUGGAGACACGGCUGGACUAG